AUGUUCCAUAACGAAAAAGAUGUUUUAAUUCAAUUUUUAGGCAGUGAAAAAAAUAUCGAUAAAAUUGGUUUUCCUGUUAUUUUGAGGACUCAAGAGAGUUUUAGUAGUAGCAAAAAUGAUAGUCUCAGAAGAAACACUCCAUUUCGUUCGACAUCACAACACCACAAAUGCGAUUCAAGAAUGGUUACAAGAAGAGGCAGAUUUCGAGUUUAUUUCAAAAAAAUCCCCCAAAAAUCCUUACGUUAUGCCAAAGAUUUAUGGAACACCUUAGCAAAUAUGCAAUGGAGAUGGCUGUUGUUAACUGUGGCUGUAGUUAAUGUGCUUGCUUACAUUACUUGUGCCUUACUAUUUUAUUUUGAUUCUUGGAUAAGUGGAGAUUUUGAUAAUGAAGAAGAACACCUUAUAUGUAUGGUGGGAGUGGAAAAUACUCUAAGCUUUUUCAUGUUGGGUAUAGAAACCAUCACAACCGUCGGUUAUGGCUACGUUCAUCCCACCGAAAAUUGUAAAUUGUAUUUCAUUGUACUAGCCGUCAGCACUCUAUUAACUAUAUUGAUAGAUGGUGUAUUUAUAUCUGUAGUUUAUGCUAAACUGAAUAAGCCGAAGGAUAGGAAUAUAUAUGGACAAAUUUUUAGUAAAAAGGCAGUGAUCUCCAUGAGAAAUGGUCAUCUCUGUCUCAUAAUGCGUGUGAACGAUAGGGAUGGAAGACACUGGAUCAACACUAAAGUCAAUAUGUACUUAAUCAGAGACAUACUAACCAAAGAAGGAGAACUACUCAGGAAUUACAUUAUAGAAUUGAAAAUUCAACCGGUUGGAAUGUUAUUUUGGCCCGUGGACGUUGUCUAUAAAAUCACCGAGGACAGUCCUUUGUGGACGAUUUCGGCUAAUGAAAUGAUGACAAAAAGACUGGAAAUCUUGGUCGUUGUCUCUGGAAGCUCCGUUAAAACAGGCCAAUCAACAAAAAGUCAAACUUCCUAUUUGAACAACGAAAUCAUGUGGGGAUAUCAGUUUAGUCCUUGCUUGGAAUAUAAAAAUGACAGCAAAAUUAAAUAUGUCGUAAAUAAGAAGUUAUUCAAUAGUACUAUACCUCAAGAAGUACCAUUGUGUAGCGCCAAAGUACUGGCUGAUUUUCAAAAACAAAUUAGUAAAGAUGCUAGGAAAUCGCUUGAGUUGGCCUGCGUAAAUAGGGAAACUAAUUUACAGGAGAAUUUAUUGGUUUUUCAUGAAAGCUGA